CGGCCACGGGCGCCUAACGGGCUGCCCCGAUCGGUGAUCAGCUGGGAAAUGCCCCCGCGUGCGGGGCAUGUAUAAAUACAACGAACCUGAUUCAGUCCUUCCGGAUUCAGGCGCAGAACCCGAUUCAGGCGCUUGCCACCGCCAGCGAUGUUGCUCUCCUUGUUCUCCUCGGUAACGCUGCUUGUGGGCGGCGUCGCGGCGCACAGUGAGCCCAAGACGCCCGCGGAGGUGGAGCGGUUGAGGGCGCUGCAGGCGGCGGCGUAUCAUUGCGCCCCGGAGGUCGCGCAGUUCACGUCGGACAGGCAGAAGGGAUGGGGGCAGCAGCUCCUGUACGGCGUCGGCACGCAAUUGCCGGGGUAUGCAGAUCUGUUCGCGCCGUCUAAAGACGGGUCGGAUCCUGAGGACGAGAUCAUGAUGGCCUGCUCCCCGGUCCCACAUCAGACGAAGAUACAGAACAACACUUGCGUACUAGCACCCGAGGUUACCGAGGGGCCGUACUACCACACCGUGGGACACCCUAUACGGCAAAACAUCGCGGAACUACAGAAUGGACUGCUGACUUUCCUCGACAUCGGCGUCAUCGACGUCGAGACCUGCCGCCCCCUCCCCAACGUCCUCGUCGACAUCUGGCAUGCCAAUGCUACCGGGCACUACGCUGGGCACCCUUUGCCACGCCCAGGCCUAGAGAACGAGCAGCCGCAGGUUGGCGGCAAGCGCGCGGGGCUGCUCUCCGCAUUCCCGCGCACCAACUUCGAGGAGACCUGGCUGCGAGGCGCGUGGGUGACGGACGCGAACGGGGUCGCGAAGUUCACGACGAUCUUCCCGGGCUAUUAUACGGGGCGUGCGGUGCAUGUGCAUACCAAGGUCUUCACCGACUGGAGCGUCCUGCCGAACGGGUCGUUCGUCGCAGGUAGACUAGCCCACACCGGGCAGUUCUUCUUCGAGGACGACAUCACGGGCGAGGUCGCGGACAAGAUGCACCCUUACACGCAGAACCCGAUCGCACAGACCCGCGGACGGACGAGGAACUGGAGGGACUCACUGAACAUCUUCGAGGACUCGCACGGUCCCGAAGGGCAAUACAACCCCAUCUUUGACCUGCACUUCCUCGGUGGCGUCCUCAACCAGGGCUUGGUGGGCUUCAUCACGAUGGGCAUCAAUGUCAGCGCGUCAUACGACAACUUCUGGAAAGGCUGAACGAUGGGAGGACUUGAACGAGAGGAGGCAUUGACGAUUCAACUCAUCGGCAACGGGUACUCAUGGGGAUAGCGGAACGCACACUACUUCGAGGCUUAUUCACAAUGAGCGACUAACGGCUACGCCCAUGUAUCAGCAUCUACUGUAAAAUAUUCAUGAGAAAGGUCAGGCAUGACGGAAAUGCGUGUCCGUGAAUCAAAAACAAGUAUUAAUGUACAGAGCAUCCGAGUCGUAUGUGACCUCCCCGCCCG